AUGCUGCCUUCCGCGUCUGCUACCAACAUGUCCAGACCACACUCGACCUACCUCGCUGCGCCAUGGGCGUCCGGCAGCGAGCAGCACCAGCACAAGCCUCCCUCCCACCUCCAUCCCCACCACCAACACCAACACCAACAGCAACAUCAGCAGCCUCACCUGGCGCACUCGGCCUACUCGGCGUCGGCAGGUCCUUCCACCUACCGCGCUCUCUCCAGCGGUCACCUUGCUGCAGCUUCCCAGCCUCAGCAACCACACCACUCGGAUCCUUGGUCGCAUCGAUCGGCUUCCGCUGCUCCUGCUUCCGCUUCUUCAACUUCGCCGCUGCCACCCACCUUUGCUUCGCCCGCUCCCGUCGCAAACAGCAACUCAGCAGAGCAGCCCAUUAUCCGCACCACCCACGUCACUGCCGAUGGCACCACCAUCUACGCCGCUACCGGCCGCAAGCGCAAGCGUCUUCAAAAGGCGUGUGUGGCAUGCCACAAGGCCAAGCGUCGCUGCGAUGGCGGCCUCCCUUGCUCCAAUUGCGACUUCAGCGGUCGCACCUGUUGCUAUUCGGACGCCAAUGGCAAGAUGGUCCUCCCCACCGCCCGCAUCGCCAACGAAGCAGGUCAGCCUUCGGGCGCUGCAGCUCAUUCCAGCGCUACCCUUCACCCAGCCGAGGCCCUCACCCCCGCUUACACCGUCGCCGCUUCGCCACUCAGCCCCAGCAGUAGCGAUCUAUCUGGCCGCGUUCGUGGCAACACCAUCAGUUCCAAGUCGAGCCCCCCAUCAAUAGGUGCCCCCGGCCCGCGCGCGGAGGGAUUGCUCACCAUCGACGAUGUGGCACCCGAGCGCAGACGCGAUCUCAUCAGCAUCUUUUUCUCGCAGAUCCACCCCUUCAGCUGUGUCAUGGACGAGAUCUCGUUCCUUCGUGACCUCUCCACCUCCGAGGUGCCUUCGUAUCUGUUGCUCUCCAUGUUUGCGCUGGCAGCUCGCUUUGAGCAAGGCAUCAGUGAGGCUGAGCGCGAGCGACGUUUUGCGCAGGGUGAGACUUUUGCUCGCUCUGCCCGUCGCAUGCUUCAGGAGGAAGACCGUGAUGGUUUCACCCUCCUCGAUCGCCCGGAUGUCGACCUUGCCCUCACCCUCUGCUUCCUUGCCGCCCACGAGCUCGGUAUGGGCCGUGUUCAGCGUGCGCUUUCCUACUCGAACGACGCCGUCCGCAUCGUUGCGACGCUCAAGCUCGCCGAAGGUCAGCUGCCACCCGCGCGCAAGAGCAACUACAUGCGCGACUCGUUUUCAUCCUCCUCGUGGCCACGUCGCGCUACGUGCGAGCGCCUCGUCCUGCUUGCCUGGACGCUCGACAUGACCAUCGCUGCUCUUGCUGCGCAGGCUUCGUCCGUUCGCCGCUCUGAUGUGCUCGCUGCCACCCGCAGCUUUGGCACGUCGGGCGACGAGGUGCGCGACGACGUUACCAAGUCUUUUGCUCGUCUUGCCGAGAUCGCCACCGUGUUUGGGUUGGUCAUCGACCCCAGCGAACCCUACAACAAGGGUGAGGAGGCUCUCCAGUCGUGGGCCGCUGCGCUCGUCGUCGAGCACAAGUUUGAUGACUACAACAUGAAGCAGGCCAGCCGUUUGCUUGAGGAGCCCGAGGCGAGCGCCGCCUCGCACCGCGCCUGGUUCUGGGCUCAGAUGCACCUCAUCGCAGAGUGCUCUGUCUUCCUGAUGGAGGCUCGCCGCGCUGGUGGUGCUCAGGCCGACCGAGGCCAGCAGAAGGCUGCGCUCGACAACAUCAACCUCAUCUUGUCGGUGCUCAGCAUCACGGGUCGCCGCAACCUCUUUGCCUUCCCCGCGCUGCUCAUCUGCACCCAGUACAGCCGCCCGAGCCCCGACGCCUCGCGCUGGUGGGUCACUGCUCGCCAGUGCUGGAACCUGGCGGAGCAGCACAUCAGCGAUGCCGCUCGGUUUUUUGUCCGGCCCAGUAACGAUGCACCCUCUCCAGGGAGUGGUCACUCGCUGACGUUGCCUAGGCUAUCCAGCUCGUCGGUGGGCAGCCACUCGAGCCGAUCAGGUGUUUCCGCGUCGCUGCCUCCCAUCGCCAGGCUGCCGCUCCCUUCGCUGCGUCUCUCGCCUUCGCUCUCAGCUCCUGUUCGAGAUGCCGAGCUGCGCCGAUCUCCUGAAUGGCGCUCCGCGUCGAGGGACAACCGCUCUCCGCGCAGCUCGUUUGGCUCCAAGAGCGACGAUGGCGCUGCCGACAACGAUGGCAUGAGCAGCACCGGUGGCAGCAGCCCGAACUCGUCGUCCUUCUCGCCCCGUUCGGCUCCCGUCGAGGUGGGUGCUGACGACUAUGUGCCCGUGAUCGCUGCUAGCAGUGGCUCGCGCACGCCCCCUCUCUCGUCGCAGGCUUUCAACAAGGACCCGCGCAGCGCGUGGUCGCCCAUCACUUCACUACGUGGUGAGAAGCGUACUUUGUCUGCUAUCUCGAGCUGA